AAAAAGAAUCACUCACCUUACCAUCCGAAGAAAUCACUGUAAUCGACCUAGGAAUCGCGAUGGAAGUUCCCAAAAAUAGUAUGAUGCUAUUAGCAUCAAGAUCAUUGCUCGCAAAGAAAGGAAUUACCAUUGAAGGAGGAAUU